CAUUUUUCUUUAUGGUGAUAAAGUACUCUUGGAACAUUGUUUAAUUGACAUUCUUCCUAUCAAAUGUAAUUGGACCCAAUUCAGGUACUGACCUGACAUACGUGCGGGAACGCUUGCUCCCUUUCGGUUACUGUUACUCCAGCAUAAAUGCCUAUGGAACAACCUGAACCUUAAACACCUUCCUUUUCAACAUACAAUUGUCUAGCACAGUACUCUCCGGUAUAACUCAUCUUUUUCUGGCAAUAAAAUUGCAAUAUGUCGGAUGAAAGAAAAGGCGUGUCUCUAAGGACCAAGAGAAAAGGUCGUCCAGCAAUAAGUGCCCCCAAACAGAUAUCCGGCCCAAUUCCACAAACUGGAGGAGAUGGUCCACGAAAUGCAGGACAGGCACCUUUCAGUACUCCGCCCGCGCAGCGUCCUCAACCUGGUGGCAAGGUAUGUGGAGGUCUUAUUAGAUUAAAGCCCUGGUGGUUUUUUGAAUAGCUGCUAACAUGCGCCGUCUUAGACUUCAGAUUUGGUGAAACGGCGAUACUCUACUCGGUUUAAUAAUCUUCCCUCCGACUUCGACCCUUCUGCUCCUCCUCUUCCCUCUGUUCCUAGUUUGCCCGCUCAAUAUGCUCCGGCAAAUGACCGUGGACGAGGUCCAUCGCCGGCGAGAGGACCUGGUUUAGUAGUAGACCAGAGAGCUUUACGCGAUCCAAAUUUGAGGCCAGAGGUAUACGUAGCGGGACUAUUAAGUGAUGCUUCGGAACAAGAUAUUGAGGAUUUCCAAAACAAUUUAAAAAAGAUGAAGAAUCGUACUUCUACGGAUUUACAACAAAACAUUUAUCAAAAUCGGACACAAUUCAUAAAGAUUAGUAAAGAGGCAGAAAAGCUCAAAGGGGAGAUGCGCGCACUUCGGAAUCUAAUGGCUGAACUUAAAACCAACACUACUGCCCUCAGAACGACUUCACAAGGUCCAUCCUCAUCAACUGAUUUCGAAGGUUUCCAGCCAACAAUGAGUAAGAGAGACAGGCGAAGUUCUGUGGCAGACAGAACUGUGAUGUGGAACUCGCAGCUACAGGUAUGUCCAUCUCUUUUUUCGAAUUUUAUAGAGGUAUUAAUUUUGUUAGGCUUUAUGGAAGACUAUUGAAGGCUCCCAAAAGUUUCUACCUGCUGCCCCUGGCCGUCACGUGGUACAAAAUGCUGGGCUAUGGAUAGAGCUUGACAAUGCUACCUGGAAAUCUAGACGAGCGAUGCAGAUCGUGUUAUUGAAUGAUCAUCUUCUUGUUGCGUCCAGGAAAAAGCGAAAAGUCGAAGGCGCAGAUCAACGACAGGCGCCAUCGAAGUUGGUGGCAGACAGAUGCUGGCCAUUGUUAGACAUUGAGAUUGUCGACCUUGCAGGAACGAGCGAAGGAACUAGUGUGCGUAACAAGUUGGCUGAUGCAAUCAUGAUCAGAGGUGUAGGCCAGGAAUCUUUUACCUAUCGAACUGAAAAGCCGGGCGACAGUGAAAAGUCUUCCCUUAUGAUGAACUUCCGAAAAGCGGUAGAAGAGCUCCAUAAAGGCCUCCGGUCAGAAAUGGAAACGAGCAAUAAAGCUAAGGAAACAAUCAACUACUUUGCUUCACGUGAUCCAGGAUUGCUAAAGAAGACAGACUUACUCGAGACUCUUUCAGACAUAAAGGAUAUGCUUAUCGAAGUCGAUGGCAAGCAGCAAAACCUGCGGUGGGUAGAAAGUCAGGUGGAUGAGUUGGAUAUCGACAUCGCCCUGCAACAUUUCGACACUGCGGUACAACGUGUUGCAAAACUAAAUUCCUUGGCCAAAGGCCUUAAAAGCAAUGUCGUCGCCCAGGACUUCAUUAGCUUCAAAGCCGAUGAAAGGGCAACCAGACUUGCAGAACUCAUCACUCAUGAGUUAGUCGAUACACAUAAUGAGGCCAAGAAAGUUCAACGCAAUAUCGGCUGGUUAACUAGCCUCGGCUUCGAGGAUCGAGCUAGAGAAGCGUAUUUGGAGGCUCGAGGGGACAUCAUCCAUAAGAGAUCAAGGUACUAGUCAAAAAUUUCCAUUCAGUGGGCUUUACUAAUUUGUUUCAAAGGCAAUGUAUCUUCGAAGGUAACCUUCGUCAAUAUAUUUGGGAGGUAUCAUUCGUAUAUUUUACAAUAAUACGGAAUACUGUCUCAACAUUCCAAGCAUGCUUUCCGCAGUCACUCAUGAGCGCCUGUGUGAAAUGGGCCAAAGAGCAGGUCGAUGCAUUCAAUGUUAUUCUUGCCCGACAGCUGAGCAGCACUGAGAAGAAUGGUCAAGUAUGGACGGAAUGUAUGGAUCAGGCAAGAGAGCAUGCCAAAAUGCUCUCCGAGGUUGGUUUAGACUUUAGCAGCCUCAUUGGUUCAAAUUCGAUAGAUGUUUUCAACAACGGACCUAAAGGCUUAGGCUUAGGUUUGGCAUAGUGUAGCAUCAGAUGGGUAGAUUGGUAUAUACCAAAUCCAAAUUUAGAACUUGACUAAAGAUACCUAUCCAGUAUUCAAGGACAUCCUUUCAUUGGAACAUCCUCAUCCAUAGAAAAUUCAUUCAUUUAGAAUUGAAUAAAAACAAUUUGAUAUAUCU